GGCGAGGCGCUGUGCAUCAUCUCCUGUAGCCUCAGCUCCAUACAGACAGUGAGAGACAGCCAUGGAGAAGCGGAGAGCGGACUGCUUUCUUUGUUAUUUUUAAACUCUUGCAAUUCGCAACAAUGACACUGUCGGCUGGGACUCGUGUCGGUCCGAUAGCCCGAUGCACUCGCAAGCAGAAAGAUUUUCACCGGAGUUCUUUUGCAGUGGCAUAAGUAGAACUCUGGAUCGAAUAGUUGUGCAGUGUGGGCUCUACGGGGACGUGGUAUAUGGAUGCUGGGACUAUGAGCAUAAGCGACAAACGGGGCUACUUAGCAGACCUAGGAGGCAGCUUCACUGAGGAUGCUCCCAGACCUCCUGUCCCCGGUGAAGAAGGAGAGCUCAUAUGCAGUGAUGGUCGCCAGCACAGCAACCUCAGCUUCUCCUCGAAGAAUGAGAGCCUCAAAUGUGAGCCGUCUGUGGCUACACCCAGGCGAUCUGACUUGGACCUGGGUUACGAGCCGGAGGGCAGCGCUUCGCCAACACCACCCUACUUAAAGUGGGCGGAAUCUCUUCAUUCUCUCCUGGAUGACCAGGAUGGCAUCCUGCUGUUUAGGACGUUCCUCAAGCAAGAGGAAUGUGCAGAUAUGUUGGACUUCUGGUUUGCCUGCAGUGGUUUUCGGAAACUUGAAGCCAGUGAGGUUACUGAGGAGAAGAAGGUGAAACUGGCAAAGCUGAUAUAUAAAAAAUACAUCCUGGACAACAAUGGGAUUGUCUCUAGACAGAUCAAACCAGCUACAAAGUCCUUCAUCAGAGACUGUGUGAUGAAGCUUCACAUUGAUCCUGCCAUGUUUGAUCAGGCUCAGACUGAAAUACAGACUAUGAUGGAGGAAAAUACCUAUCCAUUAUUCCUUAAAUCUGACCUAUAUUUGGAAUACACACGGACAGGGGGUGAAAGCCCAAAGUUGUACAGUGACCAAAGCUCGGUUUCUGGCAAUGGAAAGGGGCUAUCGAGCUAUUUACCACCUUUAAAGGAGUAUGAGGAAUGGAGAUGCGACCAAGGACCAGAGGAGCUGCCUGAGUGCGACCCCACGCCAAGCAGCCGUCUGACUCAGAAGCUGCUGAUGGAGACGGCACAGCAACGAGUUGCCAACAGCACAAGAUUCCAGGACAGUCACGAGUACAGGCAUGCACCAUGUCGGGAGACAAUCAACCCGUACUACGUCAACACUGGCCAUGUUAUGGCUCCUGCCACCAGCGCCAAUGACAGUGAGCAACAGAGCAUGUCCAGUGACGCAGACACCAUUUCCCUUACAGACAGCAGUGUAGAUGGGGUUCCACCCUACAGAUACCGCAAGCAGCAUCGCCGCGAGAUGCAUGAAAGUGCCAGAGCAAAUGGGCUAGUGCCACUACCUCAUAUUCCACGCCCAAACCGGAUUCCAAAGGAUAUACACGUGGAGCCAGAAAGGUUUGCUGCAGAGCUGAUCAGGAGACUGGAGGGCGUACUGAAAGAGAGGGAGGCUCAGGAGAAACUAGAGGAACGACUGAAGAGAGUACAGUUGGAAGAGGAGGCUGACGAAGUCAUGAUGGCCACAGCAACAUCAUUAUCCAGUCACAGGUUCCCCCCUGGUGCUUAUUCACAGAAUUACAACCCUCGCUAUGCUGACAACACCUACAGCGCUCCUUUUGUCGGAGAUGCUCAUGAAGAAAACCCAGAGAGCAUCUUGGACGACCACGUGCAGCGAGUCAUGAAGACCCCAGGCUGCCAGUCGCCGGGAACCGGCCGUCAUUCUCCGAAGUCGCGCUCACCAGACGGUUUCCCAGGGAUAAAAGGGAUUGGGAUGCCAGGCCAGGGUAAACAUGCAUCCAGGCACGGUUUCAAGGGAGAAACUAGCCACUUGUACCACCACAAACACCAUGGCCACCACACAAGCGUGGGCAAGCCCAAAGAGCAGGUGGGGGCUGAUUUAGUCACGCAUGUGCAUGGGAGCUUUCCCUGGAGCACCGAGUCAAGUCAUUACGGAUCAAAGUCUCGCAGCUAUGCAGAUGGCAUGGGAUCCAACCCCAUGGACUAUGCAGGGUACAUCGGGAGAGGUGGCACACAGUGUAAAAGAGCAUCAAAGAGAGGUGAGGAAUUGCGGCCUUAUGACAUGCCGGGGCCUGGAGAGGAGAUGGAGAAAAACCAGAAGAUCCUUUUGUGGCUGAUGGAAGGACAGAAAGAAAUGGUUCAGCAUAAGAGAAGCCCAUAUGGGAGCACCACUGGGUCCAAAAGGACUGUUGGACAUGAGGGAUCCCGCCUCGGCUCAACGGGGUCGAUGCAUCCGUGCAUCAGUGGUCAGCUGCGGAACAGUGUGCAGCCGUCUCACCCUUUCAUCCAGGAUCCCACCAUGCCGCCCAACCCAGCUCCCAGCCCCCUCAUUCAGCUGGAGGAGGUUUGCCGGCGACUCGAGGAGGAGAAGAUGAAGUCCGGAACAUUGCAGCCUAAGCAAAGGUAUGUGCUGGAGGUGAUCCAGAGGGAUCGCACAGCAGUCAGGCCCGUACAGUUCCCUCAGCUCAGCGAGCUCUCCGAGCCCGAAAAGAAAGGAAAUUACAGGUAUUAUUUCAAGAAGGUAAGCGAUGAGUUUGACUGUGGGGUGGUGUUUGAAGAGGUACGUGAAGAUGACGCUAUCCUGCCCAUCUUUGAGGAGAAGAUCAUUGGCAAAGUAGAAAAAGUUGACUAAAUUUUAAAGGGGAGAGAGCCGAGUAGCCAGCGUAUGAUGGACUGAGGAGCAAGUGGAUGGUGAAGAGGAAGUGCUUUACAAAGGAGAAUGGAUAAGGAGGCGAGAAAAAAGGUGGAUCCAGAGUCAGAAGAUUAUAGUAGUGGUCAUUGACUUCUGUAUCACGGCUGCAGUGAAGUUGGACUUGAAGAAGAAAAAUCUCAUUUUCUUUUUGGAGUGUAAUGUAGCAUUGUAAAGUUUACUAGAAAACAAGAACAAAAAGUGCUACUAAUGCUACGUAUUUUUGAUAAUGACUUAUCAAAGGGUUUCCUUUCUAAAAUAACUGCACUUGUAAUUUUUAUAUGUAUUGAUACCAGAUGUGUACAGUUUGUGUUAAAAUACAGCAAAAAUUUUCUAUCUAUUUAAGUAUUUAAAUUGCUAAUUUUAAGCCUAAUUAAAGCUGAAGCGUUGCCCCUCGUGAAGACGAUCCGAUUCCUCGAUAGGGCUGAUUCUUGUUUGCUUUUUUUCAUUAAUUGUAAGAGCCCUCUGGACGCUAAUGUUUGUGACUUUAAAGUGCUUUUAAUACUUCACUUCUCAGAACUUUAUUUAGAGGCAUCAAAUCAGACUGCUUGUUCGUUAUAUUAUAUACUACUGACUCGGUGUAGACCUUCUUAACUAAGAACCCAUUCUUGCAACCCAGUGUAGGAAUUUUAUUAAUGUAUUUAAAAAUAUAUUUAAAAAGUCCAAUACAGAACAGAUUAUAAUGUCUGUCUUAUGGCUCAGUCACACAUGAGUAAAAGUAGGAUGGCAACCUUCUUGCAACAGUUUGAUUGCACUGAAUUUGUUUGCUGUUGGACUGCAAGUAGUUAUGGCCACAAGCCACCAGUGGUUUAAUGUGUAACACCCUCAACCUGUGGGCGACCACUUUAGAUCUCCUCUGCCAUUUGAACAGGGCCAAGCAGUAACAAUUUGAGUUGGACUGACUGCAGUCACUCUUAGAUUAGCAAAGACUGACAAAUAUCUGCCAUUUAAUUUAUAAAUGCAGACUGCAAACAUAUUCCAGUCGUUCUGAGUCAGUCUUGCUGCCUUGCAUCGUUUUGCAUUAGGGGACUUGAUAGGUUGUCAAGCACCCAUGCUAUUUUGCAGUUAAAUUACUGUCCUACAGAAACUAUGUCACUAUUUUUGGAGGAAUCUGUGUUUCAUAUCUGUGAGGUUCUGGCUUGACUCUGAAUGUAAGUAGUUAAUGUGAAUUUCUGUGUAUGUAGUUGGCAACAGAUUUUCUCUUUUUGGCGAUUUAUUGCGUGCCAACUUGACCCCAACGGAAGUUGCUUUAAAAAUGGCAACUUACUACAUCUGGUUGAAGCAACCGUUACAAAGGCAACAAGACCACAAGUUUAUUGCAUGUGGCUUCAAUUAAUUUUUUUUGUCACAGUCUCUCAGCCACUGUUUUCCCUGGUAUAGGUGACUGUAACAGAGAACAACCAUAUCCUCCAUACAUUUGCUGUAUAUGGCAUGUAAGUGUGGCUUAUUGCUAUGUUCUUUAAGAUUUGUCCAUUACAUUGCUUUUAUCCUAAAUUAAACUUAACAGGUG